UUUAUUAUUAAGGCCGACAAGCUAGCUGCGCUGUUCAAAACAUCCAUGUCUAACAUUAUUUCUGCUCCAUUGUUCUUGUGCUUCUUAACUUUUGCACUUGCUGGGUUGGUCGUCAGUGUGCACGAUGCUGAGUUCUACCUCAUCAACAAACCAAAUUUCUCCGUCAAGCUAACCAACUAUGGCGCAAGAGUUGUAUCAGUCAUCCUUCCUGACAAGAAUGGGAAGCUGACAGAUGUUGUUCUUGGGUACGACACGACCGAGGAGUACGAGAAUGAUGAGUCAAAUUUUGGGGCCAUUGUGGGAAGGGUGGCCAACAGGAUCGGUGGGGCUCAGUUCACUCUCAAUGGAACCCUCUACAAGCUUAUUGCUAACGAUGGAAACAACACACUUCAUGGUGGCCCCAAAGGAAUUAGCAAGGUUUAUUGGAAGGUUAAGAAGCACGAGGAAAGUUGCAUCACUUUCACUUACCACAGCCCCGAUGGUGACCAAGGAUUUCCCGGAGAUGUAAUCGCCGAUAUAACAUAUACUAUAAAGGAAAACCCAUACAAACUGAUAGUGAAAAUGAAUGCAAAGGCUGUGAACAAGCCCACUCCGGUGAACCUGGCACACCACAGCUACUGGAACCUGGGAGGUCACGACAGUGGGGAUAUAUUGUCGGAAAAGCUUCACAUAUUUGCCUCCCAAAUCACCCCUGUCGACUCCGACCUGAUUCCCACCGGCGAAAUCGUGCCCAUCAACAACACGGCCUACGAUUUUCUUGAACCGCGCGGAGUCGGAGCCCAAAUGGCUAAACUUCCGGAGGGGUCCGGCGGGUUCGACAUCAACUACGCCCUCGACGGGGAAGUUGGGAAGAGGAAGACGGUGGCGGAGGUGUACGAUGAGAGGAGCGGGAUUGGGAUGGAGAUGAAGGCGAGUGGGGCGGCGGGGGUGCAGUUCUAUACGGCGAAUCACUUGGAGGGUGUGAAGGGGAAAGGCGGAGCGGUGUAUGAGUCGCAUGGUGCGUUGUGUUUGGAGACUCAGGGGUUCCCAGAUGCUGUGAAUCACCCCAACUUUCCGUCCACCAUUGUUACUCCGGAACGCCCCUACCACCAUACAAUGCACAUUACUCUCAGAGUCCAUAACCCCAGAAGUUUAAGGGCGCUUGAAUCAUUUGACUCUCUACCUGUUUGAUCCGGCCAAGAGCGUCUAUGUUUUUUUUUUUUUUUUUUUUUUUCUUUCAAUUCAUUCCCACCACUUGUUUCGCCUGAUAUUAAUAAAAUAAAUAAACUCAAUCUAAUUA